AUGCCUGAACAGACGAACGACUACCGGGUAGCGGUGUUCGGUGCCGGGGGCGUCGGCAAGAGUUCAAUCGUGCAACGGUUCGUCAAGGGUACUUUCUCGAAUAAUUACAUACCGACCAUCGAGGAUACAUUCCGGCAGGUUAUCAGCUGCAACCGUAAUAACGUUUGCACCCUCCAUAUCACCGACAGCACCGGCAGCCAUCAGUUUCCGGCCAUGCAGAGGCUUUCGGUGUCUACAGGCAACGCGUUCAUCCUCGUCUAUGCCAUCACCAGCAAGCAGUCGUUCGACGAGCUCUCCUCAUAUUACGAUAUGAUCAAGGAGGUUAAGGCUGACGACCUCGCGGACGUUCCAGUCAUGAUAGUCGGCAACAAGUUGGAUGAGGAGGAACAACGAGAGGUGCCUAUGACGAUCGCCCAGAGCAGGGCCGCCGACUGGCUAUGCGGGUUCAUCGAAACCUCUGCCAAGCACGACGUAAACGUGACAGAACUAUUUCGGCAACUGCUGGAUAUGGAAAAGAGACGGAAGCUGUCGCUGAACCUCUGCGACGGAGCAGAUGCGUCAAAGAAAACACAAUGUUGCUGCAUAUUGAGCUAA